AAAAAAAUCCCACCUGCUUCCCUAGCAGCCUCCAUUGUCAUUUGCUUACCCUUUCUUCUCUCUGGCGUGCUCAGACUCAGUCAGAGAGAAAAAGCGAGCAAGCGAGAGAGAGAGAGCAUUCUCCGCCGCCAGCCAUGUGUGGAAUACUGGCGGUCUUUGGUUGCACUGACAACUCUCAGGCCAAACGCUCCCGUAUCAUUGAAUUGUCUAGGAGGUUGCGCCAUAGAGGUCCUGAUUGGAGUGGUCUGCAUUGUCAUGAGGAUUGCUAUCUUGCUCAUCAACGAUUAGCUAUUGUGGACCCUGCUUCUGGAGAUCAGCCACUUUACAAUGAAGACAAGACGGUUAUUGUCACGGUUAAUGGUGAGAUAUAUAACCACAAACAACUAAGAGAAAAGCUGAAGUCCCAUCAGUUCCGAACUGAAAGUGACUGCGAAGUGAUUGCUCAUCUUUAUGAAGAGUAUGGUGAAGAUUUUGUGGACAUGUUGGAUGGCAUGUUCUCCUUUGUCCUUCUCGACACCCGGGAUAAAAGUUUUAUUGCGGCUCGUGAUGGUAUUGGUAUUACCCCACUUUACGUUGGCUGGGGUCUCGAUGGAUCGGUAUGGUUUGCCUCAGAAAUGAAGGCUUUGAGUGAUGAUUGUGAAAGAUUCACGUCUUUUCUUCCUGGGCAUAUAUAUUCUAGCAAACAGGGAGGGUUUAGAAGAUGGUACAGCCCACCGUGGUAUUCAGAGAAGAUACCCUCAACUCCAUAUGAUCCCAUGCUCUUACGUGAGGCCUUUGAGAAGGCUGUGGUAAAGAGACUUAUGACGGAUGUACCAUUUGGUGUGCUUUUGUCUGGAGGUCUGGACUCCUCACUUGUUGCUGCUGUGGCUGGCCGCCAUUUGGCAGAAGCAGGAGCUGCUUUUCAGUGGGGAUCACAGUUGCACACCUUUUGCAUUGGUUUGAAGGGUUCUCCGGAUCUAAAAGCUGCCAGAGAGGUGGCAGAUUAUCUUGGAACUCGUCAUCAUGAGUUCUACUUCACUGUUCAGGAAGGCAUUGAUGCACUUGAGGAAGUCAUUUACCAUAUUGAAACAUAUGAUGUGACCACUAUCAGAGCUAGCACGCCAAUGUUUCUUAUGUCUCGAAAAAUUAAAUCUUUGGGAGUGAAAAUGGUUCUUUCUGGGGAAGGUUCAGAUGAAAUUUUUGGAGGUUACUUGUACUUCCACAAGGCACCUAACAAGGAGGAGUUGCACCGAGAAACAUGUCAGAAGAUUAAAGCUCUUCAUCUUUAUGACUGCCUGAGGGCCAAUAAAUCAACUUCGGCUUGGGGUGUUGAGGCUCGUGUACCCUUUUUAGAUAAAGAAUUCCUCAAUGUUGCUAUGAGCAUUGAUCCUGAGUGGAAAAUGGUCAGGCCUGAUCUUGGAAGAAUUGAGAAGUGGAUCUUACGCAAUGCAUUUGAUGAUGAAGAGAACCCAUAUUUGCCAAAGAAUAUAUUGUACAGGCAGAAGGAACAGUUCAGUGAUGGCGUUGGGUACAGUUGGAUUGACGGCUUGAAGGAUCAUGCAAACAAACAAGUAACGGAUGCAAUGUUGAUGAAUGCGAGCUUUGUUUACCCUGAAAAUACUCCUACCACAAAGGAAGCAUACUGCUACAGAACUAUAUUUGAGAAGUUCUAUCCUAAGAAUGCUGCUAGGUCAACAGUUCCUGGCGGCCCAAGUGUAGCAUGCAGUACAGCAAAAGCUGUGGAAUGGGAUGCUGCAUGGUCAAAAAAUCCUGACCCAUCUGGUCGUGCAGCACUUGGUAUUCAUGAGGCUGCCUAUGAGGAAGAAGUGGAUGCCAAGGAUCCCAAUCUGAUGAAUGGCUCCAAACAAAAACUACAAGCGCUUGCAGACAAAGCUACAACAAUUGUUUGACUGAGGACUUUGUGUUAUUAUUUCACGUGAUUGCCGACGAAAAUAGUUCUUGAUGAGAUUGGUACCGGAUUUCUUGUUGACUCUCAAUUCCUUGUAAUAUGCACCAAAUCCAACCAGCGAAAGCUUUUUUGCAUUAGAUAAUAUAGUUAGUAACACACCUCUUUCUGCUAUUGUGACAGAUCCUGCACCAAAAGGCUUAGUGGUUAUGAAGUUCCCCUUUGUUUUACAUCAAUAAAGCUGUUGCUGAACUGUUUGUUU